UCGCGUCAGUUUGACUUCGCGCGCGCCGAGAACGGACGUACCAAACUCUAGUUUCUUUACCAGUAUCACUCCGCGUCAGAAGUUUAUUUAAUUCAAACUUGUUGUAAUUAAACUUCACAGUAAAAUAUCAUUAUGAACUUACUUAAAUCGGUGAAGUUUAACUUGAAUGAACGAUUUCCGAGGUGUUAAUAACUUAUUAAGUGCCAUUUGUGUAUUAUCUUGUAUGAAUGUAUGCGUAAUACAGGUGUUAUAAACGCACGUGAAUUGUUUGCUAAAAGACAAUUACACUUUGAGGCUGAAUUUGAAUCUCCAUUGUUUUUUCUCAUUUGUGUGGACGAGAGAGUUUCGUGUUAAAAAGAGACAAAAUGAGGUCCUUUCGUGUAGGAGCGACAGGUGCGGUGGCGCUGGCAUUCUUGUUGGUGGUUUUAACAGAAUGUUCUGCGGCGAACCUGAGGAUAUUCCCCAUGCAGAAGCAACAGACGGUUGCAGUGGGCAAGUCAGUCGUGCUCACGUGUCAAGCAGACGCCUCGGACCCGGCCCUAGUCACGCAGCCCCAAUGGAGGGAUCCUAAGGGGCAAAUUAUAAAUGAAGCAUCGCCCGGUACAAGACCCGAAAUUUACACGGAACCGAUGCCCGCUAAACAACUGCAGCUGCUAUACAUAUCGUCAAUCACUCCAGCCAUGGCAGGCAAUUAUACUUGCGAAGCGACCUUUACCAACAUGCCUCUCAGUGCAAGCGUUGUUCUCGACACUUUCGUUGCAAUCACUUGGACAAAUGCUAAUGAAAAUCAAUAUGCAACAAAAGGAAAAGAUUUCAAAGUGAUGUGCGAAGUAACAGCUGAACCAGCGCCGUCAGUUGAUUGGUUCAAGGAAGGCACUCCGAUUCUUACUGGCGACAGAUACGUCAUUCACGCGAAUGGUCUCAUGAUAAAAGGUGUUGAGGAGAGCGAUGAUGGAACAUAUACUUGCAGAGCAGUUGUCAUUCAAACUGGAGAGCUUGCAGAGAGGAAUAUUAAACUUGAGGUUUACACUGCUCCUGAAAUGGAAGAGAGGGAAACAAAAGUAGUUAUCAAAGAAGGUGAAUCAGCAGCUAUAACUUGUAAAGCAAGAGGAAAACCACCACCAACCUAUUCCUGGAUAAAAGCUUCUACUCGCGAAAAUUUAGGUACAGCUUCUCGCUUCAGUGUCAAUGAAUUAUCAGGCCUUCUAACAUUUGAUAGAGUUGAGGCAGGUGAUUAUGGGAAAUACAUAUGCAGCGCGGUAAACCAAGCUGGGCAUAACGAAACAGAACUUGAAGUUGAAGUACUUGUUCCACCGAAAAUAUUUGAACUAUUCAAUACUACUGCUGCUGAGAAGACUGAAGGAAGACUGGAAUGUAAAGCAACUGGUCGCCCAGCACCAAGCAUUAGUUUUAGAAAGCUAAGCAAUAUGGAUCGGUUUUUAAAUGGUGCGAAUCAGGACGGAAGAAUUUCAAUUGAGUCGAGCAGUCGUCAAACCGGAGACCAAAUGCAAUCAAGUGCUGUUAUAACAAUUUCAUCGCUAAACAGAACUGACGAUGGCCUUUACGAAUGCAUUGCUGAAAAUGAAGGUGGAGAAGCAAGGAAAAAUGGCCAUUUAACGGUUCAAUUUAGACCGACAUUUGAACAUAUGACAGACAUGCCUAUAUGGAGUUGGAAUGCUCAGCCCAUUAAUAUUAGUUGUAUAGCUGAAAGUAUUCCAAAUGCUACCAUAAAGUGGAAAUUCCACGAUCUUGAUCUGAUUGAAUCUCCUCAAGUAAGAAUAUACGGUUCAGGUCCUAUAAGCUACGUCACGAUAACCCCAACGGAUAGAAGUCUCUACGGCAUAUACAAAUGUAUCGCUACAAAUACUCUAGGUGAAGCAGAGCAUAUAAUACAAGUUCGAGAAGCAUUUCCUCCAGGACCAGUUUUACAAGCAAAGCAAGAAACAAUCACAGCUACUUCAGUAUCAUUCAACAUUGUGGGACCAGCCGAAGAAAUGGGUCCACCAAUAUUAGCGUUCACCACUCAAUACAAAGAAAAUGGCAACUACGACUGGAAUUUGGCCAUGAAUAGAACUUGGUCUAUUAAUUCACCGUAUAUCGUUGAAAACUUGAUGCCAAUGUAUACCUACGACUUUAGAUUUGCAGCCGUGAAUCAAGUUGGUGUUGGAAGCUGGGGAGCGCCGAUAACGGUUAUAAUGCCAAGACGGUCUCCACCAGAACAACCGAAAUGGAGAGAAGCUGUAAGCUCCGAGUCUCUUAUCCAUGGAAAGUAUGCUGAUAAAUAUGAAUUACAAUGGAAAGUACCUGCUCAUAAUGGCGAACCUAUAGAUAUGUACGAAAUAAGCUAUUGCCCAGUCCUUAAAGUGAGUGGCGAAUGGCGUGUAUCUGCUGAAUCUGAUUGCGUUAUUGACGAAUUAAAAUCGUAUGAAGCAAUCAGUUAUGAAAUAAGAGGCCUUCGACCAGACACUAGAUACCGUAUGCACGUCAGGGCUCACAAUAUUUUGGGCUAUUCUCUUCCCGCUCAGCUGUUCGUCCAAACUGCUCUCGGUGUGGAACGUUCUGGAUUUGCGCCACCUCAACUACUUUCGAGUGGAUCGAUUAUAGGCAUAGCACUGGCUGGUGUUCUUUUGUGUCUUCUUAUUGUGGAUCUCCUUCUAUUCUGCUUUAGAAGGCAGGGAGUAAUUGCAACUAUUUGUGGCAAACGCGUAAAGACGCACAAAGAUGACGAAGCGAAAUUGGGAAGUCUGUACGGUUGGCGCUUCCCGCUCCCUUAUUGCAGCACGAAGCCGCGUUCGCCGCCUUCCCCAGCGCCGCUACCACCACCAGUCAAGCUCGUGCAGACUCCAACUUAUAUUCCAACGACGCCAGUGGAUGAAAAAGAACCACUCAAGGAUACUGCAGAUGAUGCAAUCAAGAGGAAUUCAUCUGUCGAGUUUGAUGGCCGACGUGUAUAUGCUACUAGCGGCGGUCCUAUCAUCGGAAAGAAUUCCGCUGUUUAAGUGACAACUUAAAAAUAAAUAUUUGUAUCAACUCAAAUCUAAAAUUAAUGGGAUUUCUUACCUAUGAUUGCUGAUUUGUAUGAGUUAGGAGAUACGCUUAUGUGAUUGUGACCAGUCCUAUUUACUGCCAAAAGACGAAUUAUCGAAUAAGUGUCUGCUUUAAGCCAAUGUCGUUUAGUAAUAUAUAAUCCUUAUUAUUGUACUUAUUAGUAGUAUCGCAUUCUGCGGUUUGCACACAUGAGUUUGGAAUGAACGUGCAUUUUAUUAAUAAUUUUAACGUCUGUCAUAUUUUUUAUUUUCUGCUUCAAGAGGUACUGAUGUGCCUUUUACUUUAAGUACUUCUAAUACGAUGUACGGAUUAGGUUAAGUUGUAAAUAUUGAAAUAAAAAUCCCUGAAAACAACACAGGCGUAUUAAAAAUAUUGACUUUUAGUUAUGUUAGUUUUGUCAGUGGAUAAGUUUUAUUAUAAGCAUAAAUAAAAAUAACUUCAUGUUAUAUUCAACUUUUAUACUCAAUAUCACGUUUUUAUUUAGUAUGGAGUUAAGAAUUUUACUAUAAUUUCACAUUGCAUUUAUUAAUUGAAUCAAUAUGUACAUAUUAAGAUUAAGGUUUUUGUAAAUAUCUAUAAUUCGUUUUAGUUAUAAUUUAUUAAUAUCGUUCAGUUUGUUUGUUUUACAAAUACAUAAUAAUUUAACACUUUUUAAUUGUCUCUCACGCUAAAUAUAAAAUAUUGAUACAUUAUAUACCUAAGUAAUUAGUGGUUAGAAUAAUCAUAUUUUUAAACACUAUUCGGCAUAAUAUACAUUUGUAUCACAAUUUUUGUGAUAGAUAAAUACUCCGUGAUCAUAGUAACAGAUUAUGUCCAAUACUUUUACACAACCUAUUUUGUAUUACGUUUAGGUCUUAGGCUGAGAUCUAUAGAGCAUACGUAGAUUUUACUCAGAUUUUACUUAAGUAAAACUGUAAGCUAGAGUUCUCUGAUUUCGUUUUUUAAUAAAAAAAAAUUAUUGAAGUAGGCGUUAAUUUGUGGAAAUCCAAUGUUUUGAGUUUUCUUUAGGGUUAAUUCCGCCAAUUAACCGCCGGUCUUUUAAACAAUUCGACACAUGUAUCGCCUCUACAAGAGGCAUCCUCAGGACAUGUUGACCCGCCAAAAUCUGGCACGAGAUUAGAGGCGAAACACGUGUCGAAUUGUUUAAAAGACAGAUAUUGGCGGAAUUAACACUAAAGAAAACUCAAAACAUUUGGAUAAUUCGUUUUUAUAGUCGUUUGACAGCUGAAAUAUUGCUAAGACCAGUGCAAAAGUCAAGUUCGCGUUUUAUCACACUUAGCUAAGGUUUACACAAGUAAAGACUGAGCAAAGUCUAAGUACGCUCUAUUAUAGAUCUCACUUCAGCGUCUGAGGAUCUGAAGUCUAAAAUAUACGCAACUUCUAUGCUGUCAUUCCUCCGUUGUCGUCGCUCUCUGCUUCCGUUAUAGUUAUGGUUCCAAUUAUAUUGAAGAUAACUAUUUUACCAUUUAUAUUUCAUGCCUUUAAAUCGUAUUGCUCUUGAAAAAACUAUACCUAUUAUAAAAUAUUUCUAUAGUUUUUUCUUCCCCAGUGUAUUUUUCUUUAUUCAAUGUUUAAACAUAAUAUUAUUUCGCCAUUAGCAUACUAUGUUAGGCAUUAAGUGUUCCUCUAUGUUUUAGUAUUUAUAUUACUAGAUGUUGUUAUGUUUAUAAUUUUAUAAUGAUUCCGCCGACAAUUAAUAAUAUUAAGUGCUUGCAAAGCUGCAAAAAAGAUUUAGUUUUUAUAAAACAAUACUACUGCACUCUUACAUUGUAGUGCCACAAACAAAAAAAAAAGUAUGUGUAUACUUAUGUAUGCACGCAAGAAGUUAUACUUCUUUGGCCUAACAAAGCAAAAAUCAUUAAAUUGAUUUAUUCCUCGUGCUAUUCUACGUUUUUACAAAGAACAAUAUUGUUAAAAUCUUGCAAAGAUGGCAUUGACAAUUAAUUAUUCAAUAAUGAAUACGGCUGUAUGGGCUUGAAACCUUUGCCUGUCCUAAUAAUGGACGAAGAUACCAAAAAAAAAUAACGAAUGACGCAAACGUCAGCUUUUAGAAACCAACUUCAACCUGUUACUUUUGUGUUACAGUGGUGCACGCACAUCUUAAAAUUUCACUCUCAUCAUUUUUCAUAACGCGCCUAAAAAAGUAUAACUUCAAAAAUAUUUUAUUUAUAUAGUUUUUUAUCUUAAAUCUUCACUGGCGACCCCUGAAGACUAUAAGUUUCAUCACAAUCUGGUCGAUGGUAUCGCAACGUAAGAGAAAUAAACAUACCAACAAUGAUUUUUUUAUAGAUUUAAAUCACAAAUAAGUAACAGUAAGAAUUCAAAAGUGUUGACCAUUAUCGAACAUCAGUCCAUAUUGCAGAGAUUAUUAAUAUUAGCAUCUAGAGAUAUUACUAAUAAUAAGUUAUUAUUCGAACAUUGUAUAAGGAAACUGGAUUUUUAAGUAUUAUAUGUAUGUAUCGGAAAGAUAUUAUUGAAAUUAUUGUUUUGAUGGUGAAGAACUUUUACUUACUACUCCUUAGUUUUGAAGUUGAUUAACAGAAGACCCAGUUUUCUUAUGCAAAUUAACCAGUCGUAGAGUUGAACAGGUGAUACGUUCUGUUCAUAUUGUUAAAUACCGGACUAAACACAAGCACAUGAGAAAUUCCAUUUAUAUGCCUUAAAAGCAUGACUUCUGGUAAUGUAAUUUCAUGUAAUUCCUUUAAUUUCCAUCAGGUGAGGUGAUGUACCUGGACUCAUAUAUUUAUCACAUCUAUGGGUAGAUACAGUCGGCUUACUUCAGGUGGCUUCACUACAAUGAACUACUUAUAUCACAAUAGAAUUCCCGUUGACUCACUUUCAGGUUCAGCUAUUAAAAAAGCUAGCAGAUUAAAAUACUUUUGAGGGACCCUUUUUAGUUAAAUAAACUACUUAAGUAUACUCUUGAAUCCAUAUAUCGAAUAUAAUUCUAUAGAAUCAGUAGGUGAUAGUUCAAAAUCGAAAAAAAGGACCGCAAAUCUUGAAGAUCUUUGGAAUAAUAAUGGGAUAGACUAUAUGAGUUAUUGCAUUGUCAUAGAUCCUUGAUAAAUAUGCGAUGUUUUUCUUCAGACUGACGUAUUAAAGUCGAUAUAGAUACGAAACUAGUAAAAACAUGUUAAUAAUCUCAAUUGAAUGCAUAUAAUUAAUAAUGCAAUAGGUGGAAGUAAAUCCGAUAUAAAUAAUAUAUUAUGUUUGCAAUUUUAUCAUGUGUAUAGCUGGCGGGUUUCUCUGGUAUACGUCUUGGGGACUCUGAACCAAGUCUCCAAGGGUUAAUCUAAGGAUGUUAGGAUCAAUAAAACUUGCUCCUUAUAUUGCCAGCACAAGAUUAUCACACAUUUCGAAUACGGAUUUGUGACUUAAUGCAUAACUUGUCCAAUUCUUUGACUGGUAUAGAAUAAAGCAGGCACCGUUGCAAUUAAUGAUUCUCUCAUAUCUGUAGUAUUUUGUACACAAUCUUAUUUAUUUACUCAUAUACUAUUGCUUUCUAGUGUUAAUUAUCGUUUAAGUGUCUUGGAUCAUAUUAUAGAACUAUACUCAAAGUAAGAUAGACAUUUGUAUGAUGUACCAAAACUUUUUCUUUACACUAUACGACGAUGAAUAUUCUGCGUUGAGUAUAGUUCUAGAAUACAGGCCAUGAUAGCUUUGAAACAUUUAUAUCUGCAUCAAAAUGUGCGUUUUUAUACAAUAAAUGUAUUCAAUGUAAAA